GCUGAUCUCGCAUGUUUUCUAUGCCUGCUAUCCGUUACAGGCUUUGUUUGGGUGCUGCUGAACUGGCUUGGCCUCAAAUCCUUUCGCAUGACUUCUAGCAAGGUAUGAGCGACGUUAUUCUUGCAUUGCUUCAUUGGGGAACAAUUCUCGACAAGAAGUGCUCUGUCGUAAUAGCCCUCCCUUUGAUUGCUCCCUGCUUGCGAAGCGUUUGAAAGACUUUCGACAUCAUCGAUGACCAUGACUCCAGGCAACCGAUAGUGUUUGUGUGUAAGCAAAUCAAUCUCUGCUGUUUAUUUGCUGCAAGAUAAGCGAUACACACAAAAUCUUCGCAGAUUUAAGAAGAUGCGCUCUCGCCUGUAGAUCGUGGCACAAUGGUCAGUCACGUAUGGCUUGUACUUUUAGCUUCCUUCACACUGUUCCUACAGAUCGCAUCAACGCCAUCUCGCAGCACACAUGCUUCUGCUGCUUGUACCGAAGACGGUGAGCCAUCAAAGAGUUCAAACCUGAAGCCCAUUCGCUUCAUACUGGCUGGCGAUUCGACGACAGCUCCACCUCCUACAGCUGACCAUAAGACUUGCGGUGGCGGCUGGGGUGAUGCAUUCUUGUCGCAUCUUCUUCCUGCAACAGACUCGUUAGGGCUCAAUAGAGGCGUGUGCGGAAGCGAUUCUUCUCAGUAUCGUGAAGAACAUUGGGCAGAUGUCCUAGAGAUCAUUAAAGAUGAUGAGGACGACUUCAAUCGCACAUUUGUAACCAUUGCGUUUGGGCACAAUGACCAAAAGCACAAGGUGGACGCCGAUGUGAUGCUCAAAAACUUGAUCCACUUUGUUGAUAGCGUACGUCUUGCGGGUGCACAGCCAGUACUCGUCACGCCGCUCUCACGCACCAGUAUCUUUCCGGACGGUCACGUCGGUCGUAACCUUCGUUGGGCGCGCAACAUCACGCAGACAGCAGGCAAUCUGACACAUGCCACCGUGCUUGACCUGACGACAGCGUCGCGACAUGCGUAUGAAGCUGCAGGGUACAAGACCACGUUGACCUACCGAAGAUCAGCAGGCGACUCGACACACCUGAGCUCUGUGGGUGCUGAAGCUAUUGGGAAGGUUAUGUGCACGUUGUUUCGAGAUGCAUUUUCCGAUUACGCAGAGUAUUUCAGUUGCUGAUACACGUUGUAGUAUGGCCAAGGGUAUCUGCCAGAGAACUCAUGUGCAAACUAUACA